AUGGACAGUCCGUUUUACACUUCUAACCAUGUUAUCGAGGAUGCGCGCAUACUGGAAGAGCAGACGGAGGAUCACAGCGACGUAGUGUAUUGGAAACUCUUUUCGACUUAUUUGUGGCCGGUAUAUGUAAGUGCGCGCGAGCUGUGUCUGUUGCGCUACUGGCGCAUGGAGCCAGAUGGUUCGUAUUUUAUUUGCUUUCAGUCGACCACGCACACGAACUGCCCUCACAAUCUGGAAGCAGUGCGUGCCAACAUCUUGGGCGGCGGUUUUAUCAUCUCGCCUCGCGUACAAGAGGACAGUGAUAACCACUUUGACGAGUGCUGGUUGACGUUAACAGUUCAGAUGAAUCCAAAUGGCUGGGUUGACUGGAGAUUAGCGCGCUCAUGGUACUACGUUCAUGCAUACGGCGUGUUCUUUUUGGAAAUGAUCACGGCCAUUACGGCCGCAGAAGGAAUGCAAACUGUGCGGCCAUUGACUGCUGCUUCCGACUGUCGUCGAGCAAGUAUUGGCGGAAAGCCGCCUGUACCAAGCCAACAAAUUGUUAGCGAAAAGAAGUUCCCGAUGCUUGAAAGGUAUCGCACUGACCUCACUGUGCUGCAUGGGUUGCCGACCAAGUUCUGGAGUGAGCCAAGCGCUGCAGGCUUCAUGGUGCGCGGUCCACAAUAUUUUAUCUCCAAGACGAAGAUUUCAUCAGCACGGCAGGCUUGUCGUCUCGUGAACGUGGAGCUGUAUAAGUCGAAUGAGGCCAUUGAACACAUUGGGGUCUCCUCGUUUGUCGGGGAUGGCUUUGAUGAGUUUGACUCGUCGGAUCCAGCAGUAGAAGACCGUCCGUUUCUCUUUAUCAUCAAUUUUAUGCUCCCUGGUCCGCCACAUCAUUCGCUCGUGCUGUACUUUACACCAGAAGAUCCGUCUGAGCUGGAGAAGAACUCGGUGUUUACCGAUCUGUAUCAUGAUGUUCUAUGUGGGUCCGACAACGAGUUGCGGACGCAGCGUAUCAAGCUGAUUCCACGCGUGGUGCAAGGGACAUGGUCUAUUCGCGAGGGUGUGGGCACGACACCUGCCAUCUUAGGCACCAAGAUCUAUCAAAAGUAUUUUCAGGGCAACAACUACUUGGAAGUAGACUACGACAUUGGUAGCAGCACGGUAGCCACCGGUAUCCUGAAUAUGUUGUUGGGCUACUCUCGUGAUCUCGUCAUUGACUUGGCGUUUGUGAUUGAAGCGCAAAGUGUCAUGGAGCUACCUGAACGUGUAUUGGGUGCUGUGCGUUUGGACUGCAUUGACUUGCGUCAUGCUGUGCCAUAUUCAAAAACAAUGGGCAAGGAGAAGAAAUAA